AUGCAAAGUUCAUUGCCCCUCCCAACUGGCUGCAAAUGGUGGGCGCGUCUUCAUAGCUGCUGCAGUUAUAUAAAUAUCACAAUAUGUUUUAUAAGAAACAGCAUUUCUUUCACAUACGACCAUAGGACGUUGAAAACAAGGCUUCCCGUUCGCUCAGCCCUAUUUAAGCAACGUACCGGCGGAUUAGUAGUUAGGUGGGUGACCACUAGCGAAUACCCGCUGUUGUAUGUUUUUGCUAGAUUUUUGCUCAUCACAUCAAAGAACAACAAUACCGUGGCGAGUUCAUUCUGCACUUUCAUUUCGGCUGUUAUAGAACACAGGUCUUUCAGGACCAACAAACAUCAUACUUUGGUAGGUCAUGGGUCCUGCGAGGCCGCAGGACCUACGGGCUGCAUCUUACAUUCUGGCCAACAUCUCAAAAUGCAACUAAUGACUGUCACUAAAGCACCACCGAAUGUUUUGGGCUGUGAUUCCGACUAGUUCUAGGUUGGCGGACAUGCAUGUAUCACCGCCAAGAAACAC